CCUACUUACAGUUUUAUCAGAUGAACUAUUUUUAAAAUCAUAGGUAUAUAAGUAAGAAUGUUUUGUAUAUAUUUCAUUAGUUACUGAAAUUUAACUUACAAAAUGAAGAUUCUGAUAUUGUGCACUUGUAUAUUUUUAUUAAGUUGGACUGUAGAGAUUCAUGGAGAAGAACAGUCCAAGAAAAACGUAGUUUGUUAUUUUGCAAGUUGGACAGUUUACCGAAAUGGAAAUGGAAAAUUUGAUGUACCAGAUAUAGACGUAAAUUUAUGUACGCACAUUAACUUCGGCUUCAUUGGACUUAAUGAAGAUGCUUCAAUUCAUAUUCUGGAUUCUUGGGAAUCUGAUGGUCUCGAAGGUAUCAAAAGAUUGGUAGAGUUGAAAAAACUCAAAAGUGAUCUCAAAGUACUUAUUAGUAUGGGCGGAUGGAAUGAAGGUUCCAGAACAUAUUCAAUCGUAGCUGCAAACGCAACAAAAAGAAAAAUACUUGCAAAUAAUGUGUUGUCGUUUAUCGAAGAACGCGGUUUUGAUGGUUUUGAUCUAGACUGGGAAUACCCUGGAUUAAGAGGUGGCGACCAGGCUAUUGACAAAGAUGAUUUGACUGCUCUACUUAACGAUUUAAGUGAUGUUCUAAAACCUAAAGGAUAUAUAUUAUCUGCUGCAGUAGCUGGAGCAGUGGAAAAAAUUAACAUUGCCUACGAUGUGCCGAAAAUCACCAAAAUUUUGGAUUUACUGAACGUGAUGGUUUUUGAUUAUCACGGAGCUUUUGAUAAUUUCGUUGGCCACAUUUCUCCAUUAUACCCAGCAGAAAUAGAUUAUAAAUACUCAGAUAAUAGUACAUACAAUGUGGAUUCUGGAAUUCAGGAGUGGCUUCACAAAGGUGCCGAUCCAGAAAAAAUGAAUAUUGGCAUAAUUUUGUAUGGGCGAAGUUUUACAUUAGCCGACAAAACUAACACUGCAUUAUUCGCUCCAGUUCGGGGUGGAGGAAUAGAAGGAAUAUAUUCCAGACAAAGUGGAAUACUUGGAUAUAACGAAAUAUGUGAAUUUCAUUCAGCCACUACCUACGUCUGGGAUGAUGAACAAAAAGUACCUCAUAGAAUAUGGGACGAUCAAUGGGUUGGAUUUGAUGACGAAAAAUCUAUUAAGCUUAAAAUUGAAUAUGCACUUGAAAACAAUUUAGGAGGUGCCAUGGUAUGGUCAUUGGAUUACGACGAUUUCAAAGGAAUUUGUGGACAUAAAUAUCCAUUAUUAACCGCUGUUAACAAAGCUUUCGGCAAUCUUUAAAAUAAUAUUUAAUAUUCAACAAGUUUUGUUAAUAUGUUUUAUUAUUAAAUAAAUAUUACAGAGGACA